GUGGGCAAGCACAACAGCAAGACGGACUGCUGGGUGGUGGUCGACGGACAGGUGCUUGACGUCACCAGCUUCCUGUCGGAGCACCCCGGUGGCGAGCUCGCUAUCCUCACCUUUGCCGGAAAGGAUGCCACGGAGGAGUUCAACAUGAUCCAUCCUCCCGACGUCAUCGGGAAGUACGCCCCGGACUCCAUCAUUGGAAAG